CAAAUGCAUUCGGCUCGCCGGUAACUGCCGUUCGUAAUCAGAUGUUUUUUGUUUGGGUGUUGAGUUGCAAAAGCGAAAAAUAAUAUAUGUUUUAUUUCAUCGAUAAUUCAGCCAAAAAAAUGAUAUUCAAGCGAACAGUGAUAGCGGGAGCGAAGAGGCACUUUUGUUCCAACGUAAAAUACGUGCAAGGGCAGUCACCGGCUCCGAAAACACGAGAAUAUUUCUACUACAUUGACCACGAAGGAAUGCUCUUUCUGGACGAUGCACGGAUAAAAAAUUUCACCUCAUGCUUCAAGGAGAAGAAAUUUCUCGAAUUUUUCUUCAACCGACUCCGGCUGAACGAGGGAGACCGCUACCGGGAGCACUUUCCCUUUGUUUCACCAUGCGGUCGCGAACGGAACUACGUACGCUGCGAUGAUGUUCCCAUCGUGUUCACGCACGUGUUUCGCGAUGCGGAAGGGUCCGAGCGGCUGGCAUACGCCCAUGCGGGUGAGCUUCUGAACGUACCGUGGGACCCCAAACGGGUAUGUAUGUUUCCGUUGAGUGGACGGGUAUACCACCCGGCACCGGUACGGUACGGUUCGAUAGGGCUGAUUCGAUCCAAACUGGCCAUCGAGUUGAGUAAACACUUCAGCUUCCUGAACGGCGAAGAUCAACCGCCAACGCAUUUCACGUGGAACGAGAACAAGUACGAAUUGGACAGGGACUGGUGGAAGGAGACCUACAUUAAUCAAAGGGGAGAACCGUUGGAAUGAUUUUAGUCAGGGUUGGUAACGAUUGAGUCUCUUAAAAUAAAUACUUUAGAGGUUUCAUUCUUGAUAAAAGAAACCGUACAGGAAACAAAAAAAAAGGAAACAGGUAAUCUGUUACAAGAAUCAAGAGAGCAAAAAUAUUCCACACAGGAAUCAGGAGAUAACAGUUUUUAUAAGAAAUUUUUAGAGAAUCCUGCCAGACAUUUUUCUAUGAAAGUUUGCUGUUUUUUGAUUACAACAAAUUUUACUUUUAACAUUACUAUGUAUUAUUUCUCGUAUUACUGUAUGCAUUUUUUUCCGGAAGUUUCAUCAAACAUUAAUUUAGGUAGGGGAUCUUAGGUAUUCUAGGCAAUUUUUUGCUCUUUGUCAUGUUUUUUUUGUCGGCUAAAUCUAAAUUCUAAAUUCGGCACUUAUAUGCUAAAAGUAUUGAUGAAAAUUUUAAGACCAAUAUGUUUUAGGAAACUACCCGUGACGAAGAAACCAAAGCUGCCAAAAUACAAUAAAUGGCCAAAAAUUUCCUUUAGGUAAUACUCCUAAAAUUUCUUUUGAAAUUCAUUUAAUAAUUUUUUACGAGCUUCUCAAGCAAUUUCUUCAUGAAUUUUGUACAAAGUAUCCUCAAUAUUACGAUCUCUAAUGUUUUUUUUAAUGAGUGUAUAGAAAUUGCUAUAGAGAUUCCACGAUGGUUUUCUUUAAGAAUUACUACAAAUAUUUUGUUUUACAAAUUUCUGAAAAAAAAAAAUCUUUGUUUUUCGUUUGCAAUCUAUCAGUAAUCAUCUCUGAUCGAAGUUGCUGAAGAAUUCCUGGAAGAAUCCCUUAAAGACUUCCUAGUGUAAACCUUGGAGGCAUUUUUGUGUGGUUCCUGAGACAAACCGUGGAUGAGUAUACGAAUUAAUCUUAACCAAAAUGGGUGUAAAGCUAUCAGCAUACGUUUUACCAAAUGUCUUGGGCUCUGUAUCAAUUCAAACGCAAUUUUGCCAUUUAUUUUUUUGCCGAACGAUUUACUUGAAAUUUUCAGUUGAAAUUUGAAAAAAAUCCUCUGCUUGAAAAUAAUUACUGGAGUAAAUACUGAAGAAAAUGAUGAAAGAAAUAAAGAAUAAAUGUCUAGGGAAAUCCUAGUAAAGGGUCUGGAAAACAAUUAAAGUGAUCUCUAUGGAAAUUAAUUGGGUUUUCUGGUGUUAAAUUUGGAGAAAUUUUUCUAAACAUCCCUUGAAAUAUAUCUGGAGAAAUCGUUGUGAGAAUAUGUGGGAAAUCGUCGGAUUAAUUUCUGGAAGGGUGUUUCGAGGAGUCCCUGAAAAGAAAUUUCUGGAGAAAUCAAUAGAAGAACUCCUGAAGCUGAAGCCUGUAGCAGGUCUCUUUUUAGAGACUUGGUCACUAUUUUUAUGCAAGUCUCUAAAAAUUCUCUAUUUUAAAUAGAAGGUCUGCUGGAAUGCUUCUAGCGGUUUUUCUGAAGUACUUUUAAGGACUUUUCCAGAGAUCACUCUAAAAAAUCCUUCACUCUCCUCCGUAAAAUUCGUCCGGAAACUCCUCCAGAUAUUUUUCAUGGAUUUUUUUUCCAGGAUUGCUCUAUGAUAUCUUUGAACAGCCCAACGCUUCUACAUUUUCAGUAAUUCCCACAGCCACAAGGUUCACUCUGAAAAUUUUCCCAGUAACUAUCCCAGGAGGAGGAGUAACUAUCCAGAGAUUGUUUUACCUGGAGGAAUUUUUUGAACGGAUCUUAGGAACAACUUUUGAGUAAUAUCUGAAAUCAUAAAGAAAUACUGAACGGCAAUUAUGGAGAAAAUAAUAAGGUAUUCGUGGAUUGUUUUUAGAGGUCAUCUGGAGAAAGCACUGAAAAAAAAAUCUUCGGAUGGAUUUCUGGUGCAUCUGGAGUUACCCUUAGAAAAAAAUCGGGUUUAAUUUCUGUAUAGAUAUCUUGAACGAAAUCGUUAGGAAAUCCGUAAAAUAAUUACUAAAUGGAUUCCUGAAGAAAACUUUUGAUAAUAUCUGAAGGAAGCUUUGAGCAAGCACCUGUAUUCAUUUUUUUAAAUAAAAUUCCAGGAGAAAAUCAUUAAAAAAACACAUACAGUAAUACGAGUAGUAAUACUUAUCGUAAUGUCGCAAGGAAUAAAAAACACUCUGAAAUACUAUUGGUGAAACGCGUGAUCAGGUUCUUGAAUAAAACCUCAUGAUUACUUUAUCACAUGGUUCCGUUUGAUUUCUUUUUGUAUUCCUGUUCGGAGUCUUAUUGGUGCUCAUUUUGGCUCCUGUUUGGUCUUUUAUUUUAGGCAUGAGGUCUCUAAAGUUUUUUUUUUUUCAUGUCAAUUUAUUUCUGGAUUCACCGCAAGGAUAACACUAAAAAAUAGUGGCUUCAGAUACCAUUUCGGUUGAAACAGAGACUUGAGAGACCUUCCAUUGAAAAUAAAGACUUUUUAGAGACAUGCAUCAAAAUAAUGAUCAAUUCUCUAAAAAGAAACCUGGUACCGGCCUUGCUUAGUGGAUAUGUAAUACUGUUAGCUACGAGCAAAUGAUGUGAUGGAUUAGCGAAAUAAAUUUCGAAAAUACAGGUA